AUGACGAAAAGAGAGAUAAUGUACCUGUCUUUUCCUGGAGAAAUGUUGAUGAGAAUGUUGAAAAUGUUGAUUCUUCCACUGAUUGUGUCCAGUUUGAUAGCGGGAAUUGCUGGUCUGGACGCCAAGACCUGCGGCAAGAUGGGGUUGAGAACAAUGGCGUACUUUGCUACGACGACGCUUUUGGCGGUCAUUUUGGGGAUAACUAUGGCCGUCAUUAUUCAGCCUGGCCGAAAUGCUGACCGGUCAAAAAUUCAGAGAUACGGAAAAACAGAAAAACUCAACACCGCUGACACUUUCCUUGAUCUUAUCAGAAACCUUUUUCCGGAUAACCUGAUCGUCUCCUGUAUCACCGGAUACAGGACUGCGUUGAAGGAAGAGGUUAUCGAGAAGAAAAUACUAAAUUCCACGUUCAACGGAACCACGUAUGGCGACUUCAUGUCAAACGCAACCAACUUCACCUCAGGUGGCGACACCAUCAUUGUGAUAAACGGAACUAACCACACCAUUGACCAAUUCGCUACAGUUGUACGUGAGGUGAUCUCCGUUCCGACGAAAGGCGAGACCGGCCAGGUGAACAUUCUGGGUCUGGUAGUAUUCUCAGUAUGUAUGGGAGUCAUCAUUGGCCGCAUGGGUGUCCGGGGGAAACCCAUCGUCGAUUUCUGCAAUUGUUUGGUGGAGGCUACCAUGAAUCUUUUCAUCGUCUUCAUCUGGUACUCUCCCGUCGGUAUCAUGUUUUUGAUAGCAGGCAAGAUAGUGGCGAUGGAAGACUUCAGCGUCCUCCUAACUCAGGUGGGACUUUACUUCCUCACCGUGCUGUGUGGACUCUUUGUCCAUGGCGCCUUGGUCCUUCCUGGACUAUACUUCCUGUGCACCAGGAAAAACCCAUACAAGUUCAUGUGUGGAAUUUUUCAAGCCAUGGCUACUGCAUUCGGAACAUCUAGCAGUUCCGCUACAAUGCCCGUCACUCUCCAUUGCCUGGAGCACAAUAACCACAUUGACCCCCGUGUAAGUACGUUUGUGAUCCCCGUGGGAGCAACCAUCAACAUGGAUGGUACUGCCCUGUACGAGGCUGUUGCUGCACUGUUCAUUGCACAAGUCAACGCUGCAACCAUGUCGUUCGGACAAAUCGUCACAAUCAGCAUCACUGCAACGGCUGCGUCUAUCGGAGCGGCAGGGGUCCCUCAGGCUGGACUUGUAACCAUGGUGAUUGUUUUGGCUGCUGUAGGGCUGCCUAUCGAUGACAUCACACUCAUUCUCGUUGUUGAUUGGUUCCUUGAUCGCUUCCGAACUAUGACAAAUGUGACGGGAGACAGUCUCGGAGCAGGACUCGUGUACGAGUUGUCAAAGCACGAGCUACCUGCUUUGGAAGCAGACGAAGCUGAGCCUACUGCAGUUACGACGGAAAACCCGGGACCAAACAAAGCCGUCUCAAAUGGGACCGACUCUAUGACGGCAGUGUAAAACAUUUGCGUCAUUAUGACGUCAUAUAUUUCCAAUGAUCAACGAGCCGAUGUCGAAUCGAGUCAUAAUGACGUCAUUCGAUGCUUGUCGUUUGCAAU